UCUCUCUUCCUCUGCUUUUCCAAUCCCUUUAUCCCUCCCAAAGCUUGGUUAGUCUCCAUACAUCAAGAAAAAGAGAAUCUCUCCUACCAAAAAGAAAAACAGGAAAGAUUGUAGAGCGAGGAGUUCAGGCACUGCAUCAAAUCUUGUUUGUGUUAGGAGGGAAAAUUUUUGUCAUGGAAAAGCAUCAGCAACAAAAUUACACAGAAAACGAUGUGGAAAAGAUAAUUGAAGGCCAAUCAGCAAAGCAAUCAUCAUCUACAGAAUCUCCUGUUUCUGCAUCCUCCUCUCCUUCUCACGAAUUUUCCUUCUCUGUCUCUCUAUACUCGUCUUCCUCAACUACAAACCCUACUAGUACUCAUAAAUCUACAACUUCACCUAAUUCAUCUGCACUUGAUUUAUCUCCUGCUGAUGACAUUUUCUUCCAUGGCCACUUGCUUCCUCUUCACUUCCUUUCCCACCUCUCUGUUUCUCCUCGUUCUUCCACCAAUUCCAUGGACAGUUUCACCCUCCCCAUCACAGAAUUAAUACAGGAUGAAAUACCCAGCAAGGAAGAUCUCUGUGGAAGCAACAUGGCCCUGGACAACUAUGAAGAAGUCAACAGUGACAACAAUGGAAGAACAAAGGAAGAAGAAGGAAGAGGCAAGUCCAAGUCUUUCUCAUUGUUCCGGUUAAGAGGGCGAAAAGGGUGUGAAGUCAGAGAAAAGGAAGAAGAUACAGAGAAGCAGAAAAAGAAACAGAAGUUUCAGGUUGUCCAUGUGUUGAAAAGGUACUUAAGAAUGGUGCAACCAUUAAUGUCGAGUUUUACAGGGAGAAGACAGAGAAUUAGAGUCCGUCGACAGAGUUAUUCGUAUUCAGAAAAUUUUAGCGUCAGAAAUAAGGCAGAAUUAAGAGGAAGAAGAGGAGAAUAUUCAGCACCAGCAUCAAUAAGGACAUCUCCAAGUAAUAGUGGCCUCCUCCUUCCUACUAUGACUCUUCCUCCUGCUAAUGAUAGUACCAUGGAAGAGUUGCAGGCUGCCAUUCAAGCUGCAAUUGCUCACUGCAAAAACUCAAUUGCAAAAGAAGAGAAACUCAAAUGCUGAGGGACGAAGAUGUCGUACUUGUAUUUACUUUUUAUAUUAUUGUUUUCACAUCUUCACAAUCAGCCAAUAUCACUCCUUGAUUGUUUAUAAAUAAAAUCUUAUAAUUAAGAGAGGAGAUAGUAAUUAAGGACAAAAAAACUUGUUCUGUUGGACUCAUGCCCUUAAUCAGCAACUGGGGUACUCGGAUAACCAAGAAUUAUAAUUUGCCUUUUCCAGCCCUGCAAUAACAGUAUCUCUUUUUUGUCCAUUCGGUUUGCACUAAUUACUUUCUUUGAUAA